GUAUCACUCUCUCACAAUUCCUACUCAUUCUCCCACCUGCACUGCACCUGCUACUUCGUCUCUCGUAACUUCCCCAUUCACCAAUCACUCACCUACAAAAACCGCCAAAAAAUACACAAAAUUAUGUUGCCUCUUCAUCAUAAUUCAAUCACCAACUCUUUUCCUUCAACAACACUUCCCAACUUCUAUCGGUUACCUCCAAUGCCGCUUCUUCGUAGGAAAAACUCUUCAUCAAACCAUUCUAAUUCAUCAAAAUCACCCAUUUCUUUCCAAUUUUCAACUACCCAUUUCCCCAAAUUCAAAUCCCAGAAAAGAAAUUUAAGCAUAAACUCGUCUUCUUCUUCUUCUUCAACGGUUACUGAUACUAGAAAAUUGCCAGAGAUUGGUACAUUAUUUAGGAGGUUUUGGAAAGUGGCAAAACCAUAUUGGUCAUCAGAGGAUAAAGUUCAAGCAAGAUGGCAGUUGGCUACUGUUUUUGCUCUUACUUUGGGAACAACUGGUAUUAGUGUGGCUUUCAAUUUUCUUGGCCGUGAUUUUUACAAUGCUCUUGCCAACAAAGAUCAAGACCAAUUUAUGAAGCAGCUGUUGUAUUAUCUUGGUGGGUUUGCUGGUGGUAUUCCGGUUUUUGUAUUGAGAGAUUUCGCAAAAGAUACCCUUUCUUUGAGAUGGAGAUCUUGGAUGACGACCCAUUACAUGAAACGUUACUUGCAAAACCAGAGCUUUUAUAGAAUUCAGUCCCAGACUACAAUUGACAAUCCAGAUCAACGAAUUGUUGAUGAUCUGAGUACAUUCACAGGAACAGCACUUGCCUUCUCUUUGACACUGUUCAAUGCUGCAAUUGACUUGAUAUCAUUUAGUAACAUCUUAUUUGGCAUCUAUCCUCCAUUAUUUAUCGUGCUUCUGGUAUACUCAAUCGGUGGAACAGCUAUUAGUGUAUUUCUUGGAAAGGGCCUGGUGACAUUGAAUUUUUUGCAAGAGAAAAAGGAAGCUGACUUCCGCUAUGGCCUUGUUCGUGUCAGGGAAAAUGCUGAAUCAAUUGCUUUCUAUAGUGGUGAGGAAAAUGAAAUGCAAAUGCUAGUCCAAAGGUUCAGCAGUGCUUUCCAAAAUUUGACUCGCCUGUUGGUAUCUUCCAGAAACCUGGAGUUCUUCACAAGUGGCUACCGGUAUCUGAUUCAGAUUCUUCCUGCAGCAGUUGUUGCUCCCAUGUAUUUUUCUGGAAAGAUUGAAUUUGGUGUCAUUAAUCAGUCUGUAUCGGCAUUUAAUCACAUCCUUGGAGAUGUUUCCCUCAUCAUCUUCCAAUUUCAAGCCAUCAGUGCCUUCUCGGCUGUGAUUGACCGUCUAGGUGAAUUUGAUGAUCUUCUUGAUAACAUCAGUUCAGAAGACCUCACUGAUUCAACGGGUCGCAUCUCUGUUGUCUAUUACAAUGUGAGUUCUACAAAUCAGACAACAUUGGAUUCAAAUGGAUCAUUGACAGUGCAAAGUAGAAAAAAGUUGGUUGAUUUGGAGAACUUAACUCUGGUGACUGCGGAGAAGGCUGCAAUUCUCGCGGAUCUAACAUUGACAAUAAAUGAAAAGGAUCACCUGUUGAUAACUGGGCCCAGUGGAAGUGGUAAGACUUCCUUGUUAAGAGCUAUGGCUGGUCUAUGGAUUUCUGGGAAAGGAAAAAUCACCUUUUAUGUGAAUGAUUUAGAAGAUCCUCAACCUAUAAUUACGGAGGAAAAGGCUGAAGAAAGUAAACCAUUCGAGAAUAGAAGUUCUAGAGGCAUAUUUUUCCUUCCCCAGAAGCCUUAUAUGGUCUUGGGAACUCUGCGCCAGCAGUUGCUAUACCCAACAUGGGCUGAAAAUCCAACUUCUGAUGGUGCUGAACAAACUGGUGUUCCGCCUUUUUUGGUUUGCCCAGAAGGCUCAGGCAAUGGUUUGACAAGGUCGGGGAAGCCAACCACUGAGGAUCUGGUAAAGGUCUUGGAGGAUGUUCGCCUUGGAUAUCUAUUGCCUCGGUUUGGUCUUGAUUCAACAUGUGAAUGGUCAAGUAUUCUUUCCUUGGGUGAGCAGCAACGACUUGCUUUUGCACGCCUGCUGCUUGCUAAACCAUAUUUGAUCCUCCUCGAUGAAUCUACCAGCGCUUUAGAUGAGGAUAAUGAGGCUCAUCUAUACCAUUUGAUUGAAGCUGCCAAUUUAACUUAUGUUAGCAUUGGCCACCGAAGAUCAUUGUUUAACUAUCACAGCAAAGUUUUGCAUAUAACGAAGAUGGAUCCUCAAGAUACUGAAUGCAACUGGACCGUGAAGCCUAUAAAUCAGGAAGUCACAAGCAGCUUGUCUAAAUUAGGAUUUUAGCUGGUUAGGAAUGCAGGGUUCAAAUAUUUGCUAAAGAUGAAAGAUUUGCUGAGACGCCUCUUUGAAGUUAUAGUAGUUAAUAGUCUGAAUUGGACAUCAGGGUAUGAUUUAACCAGGUUGUCCAAGGCGAAAUCGUCGAUAUGAAGUCUAAUCGACCAAAAGAGUCGCAAUCUCGUUGUAAAUACUAAAUAGUACAACAUGGUAUCAAAGCCUCGUUUUACAUUCCUAAUUUUUGGUAAUUCUUGAUGGUUGGUCUUGUCUUUAGAACUCAUGUUGUAAUUCGUUUCAAGGCUAGGGCUCCUCAGCGGCUGCCUCUAAAGAUUGAAUUCGUCGAGUUCAACCUGUUUUGUAGUUUAAGAUAUAGGGUAUGAAACUUGGUGUUUAGUGAGAUAUACACUCCCGACGAAUCGGGAACUAGUCUUGGUUUGUUUCUAGGGCGUGGCAUUUCUUUGAGCAUUCAGAAUUCCAGAUUUCGUGAACCUUAUCAAGUAUGUAACACUAAAAUGGUGAUGCCUUUAUUGUGUAUAACAAGUAGUAUUUCUGGUGUUUUAUGUUUA